GAGAGCCCAUAGAUUUGUGUUACACUAUAAAAGUUAAGGCUGCUUUGAGAUUCGCCAUCAGUUCAGUGCUAAUCAUUCACAUCGAACCAUCUGACAAAAUGAAAGUUUUCGUAGUCGUUGCCCUUCUUGCCACCUGUGCCUUGGCUGCCCCACAAAGAGGUGUCGGCAGUGCUGGCGCUUCUGCCAAUGCCGCAGCUUCGGCCAAUGCCAAGGGUAGUGGUGGUGGUUUUGGCGGUCCAGGAGCUGGUUUCGGUGGCGGUCCUGGAUUCGGUGGUCCUGGCGGUUUUGGCGGUCCUGGUGGUUUUGGCGGUCGUCCCGGUGGUGCUGGCGGUGCUGCCAGCGCCGCUGCUAAUGCUGCUGCUUCUGCCAAUGCCAAGGGUAAUGGUGGUGGUUUCGGCGGUCCUGGCGGUUUUGGCGGCCCUGGAGCUGGUUUCGGUGGACCUGGUGCUGGUUUCGGUGGACCUGGUGGUUUCGGUGGUCCUGGUGCUGGUUUCGGUGGUGCUGGCGGUGCUGCCAACGCCAAUGCUAACGCUGCUGCCAAUGCCAAUGCUGCCGGUGGUGCUGGUGGUCUCGGUGGUUUCGGUGGUCGUCCUGGUUUCGGUGGCGCUUCUGGUUCUGCUUCAGCAUCUGCAUCUUCAUCGGCCACAGCCUCCGGCAACGGCCGUGGUGGUGCUGCUGGUGCCAAUGCCAGUGCUACCGCUACUGCCAACGCUGGUGCCGGUGCUGGCAAACGCGGUUAAACCCUGCGAAUAGCUUGUAAGCCUUUUUUUAAAGUAGUUUUGUGAUAAAUUAUUGUUAAAUUAAUAAAAUAAUUUUGUAAAAAAGUUUAAAAAA